GUUUGCCCACUAUCCAGUCAGCUCACGGGUUCAGUUGUGGGCAAAUGGCAAGAACAUCCACUUGUUAAGUUCGAACAAGACGGUGUUAACUAUUCCAUUUCUACGGAUGAUCCUACUGUUACUGGACAGUGGUUGCAAGCUGAAAAACGCAUGUUGGCCAUGAACCGCCUAUUAGAUGCAGACCAAUUUCAUAAUGCAAACAUUCGUGCUGCAAAAGCCUGCUUCUUGGACGAUGACGCCAAAAAGAUGCUCAUUCAACACCUAGAAGAAAUCAAUAAUAAUUCCUAA